AUGAAAAUGAGUUUAAAUGAAGUAAAAGAUGGUUUUGAUCAUUUGAAAGAAGCAGUACUUGAGAAGAUAGAGAGCAAAGAAAGAAAGCAGGAGGAAAUCACAAGAGAUGUAAGUGGCACAGCGAGUGGCGGGAGAGAAAAUCAACAUAUAUUUGUUGCUGGUGGUGUGGAGACAAACUUGGUAGAAAUAUUUAACUACCGUCAGAGAUUGUGGUCUUUAUUAAAGCCCAUGCCAGGGAAUCAUCGCAGCGCAUCUUCAUUUGUUUAUAAUAAUCACGUGACUGUAGCGGGAGGUUGGGGCCGUGAUAGUGGUGCUGUAGAUAACAUGAUCCAAAUGAACAUUCACCCAGUCCCUGAUCUCUCAAUUAACUGGAGUGAUUUUGCUGCUAAACUCCCUGCCAAGUUGCGUGCACACAGCAGUGUGGUGUACAAGGAUAGCUUGUUGGUUACUGGAGGUAUUAAUGCAGAUCAACAUGUCUACUCUGACUGUAUUCACGAAGUCCAACUUAAACCACCUUACACUGUUAAACUGGUAUCCAAGAUGCCUGAACCAAGAGUUCAUCACAGCACAGUACUAUGUGAUGAUAGUAUUUUGAUCAUUGGGGGAAGGGAAUCACAGCACUACGAAAACAACCUUAGCAGUGUGUUAAGGUAUGACAUCAAGAAGAAUGAAUGUCAACAGUUACCUGCGCUUCCCUAUCCAGUGAGUGAAAUGGCGACAGUCAAGUGGGCUGAGAAUGUCGUGAUCAUUGGUGGGACUGACAAGGAUGGCAAAGCAUUAAACAAUGUUAUAAUUUAUAACAUCAAGACUGGAAACAGUCAUAUGUUGCCUUCCAUGUUACACAAGAGGAAAGGAUGUAUGGCAGUUGUUAUUGAGAAUACAAUUGUAGUACUGGGAGGCGCGGAUGAGAGAGGGAAUUUUUUGAAAUCAGUUGAAGGUUUCAAUUUUGAGCGAUUUUCAUGGGAGGAACUUCCUGACAUGAAGGAAACAAGAUGGUUAGCUACAGCUAUCGUGGUCUAG